UCAUGAUGUUUCCUCAACUGAUGAACGUUGUCCCAGGAGUUGCUCUAUCAACCAUAAUAAGCUCAUUACUAGAAUCCAUAAGGAAAGCAAAGAGGACAGAAAAAAGAUUCAAGCCACUCCUUGAUCAUCUCAACGACACGGUGAAUUGGGUUACGCCGAGGGUGGUGGAGAUAAGUCGGUCCACUGAUUCGCAUGAGAUCGAGAGGCUGUUGAAUCAUUUGAAUCGAGCUAAGGAAAUAGUUGAUAAAUCAAAUAGGGUGAGUUCAUGGAGCUAUGCCAAGAAGUAUAAGUUUGCCAAAGAGCUGAUUGAAGUGGAUAAUUCGAUUCGGACGAUGUUGGAUGUAUUUUUUCCGGUUAUGAUAUAUGAAGAUACUAGGAAAAUUCUGGAUUCAAUGGAUGAAUUGAAGAUGUUGGUUAUGAUUUUCUUUUCUAUUGUGGUUGAAGAUCUUCAUUCGGGUGCUAAAAAUACUGGUGGCAUUGUUUUUGAUUUGAUUCGAUCCACAGCUUCAUUUGAGAAAGUUGUAAAUUCUCAGCCUGCAGAGCUUGUAAACGACAUAGCAUUAUGGAAGAGAAAGAAGAUAAGUGGAUCACUUUUUGCAAGCUCAGCUGCAACAUGGCUAUUACAACAAGUUUACGAAUACAACUUCCUCACUAUUGUUUCAUGGGUAGCCAUUUUUGCUAUCACUGCAUUGUUCAUUUGGCGAUAUGUGAAUCGGUUUCUUGAUCGGGAAGAAGCAACCAAAUUGAGAUUGGAAAAACUGCGAGAACAGGUUGCCAUGGAAACUGCAAAUGCUUGUUGGGAAGUGACUGAUAAAGUGAUAAGAUGGGUACUUUAUGUGACUGAUGUUGAGGGGAAUUGUUGGUCUGUAUUUCCACAGACGGUUGCCUUUCUUUUGCUUUUCUCCUAUGCGGGAACCUUCUUUGAUCUGCCAACGCUUUGUAGAGUUGUUAUGAUGGGUACAACAUUUCCUAUGCUGAUUGCAAAGAACUGGGAUCGAAUUAAGCCUUUUUUUGGGAGUGUGGUGGGCAAAGUUGGUGAAAAGGAGAACAAGAAGAAAAUGAAGAAACAAAAUUGAUAUUUAUAUAUAUAUAGAAUCCGAUAUUUAAUCUAGUUGGUUCAUAUAAUCACUCUUAAGAGGCGACAUCUAACAUAUAAAAGAAAUUGUAUCUUAAUAUUUUUGCAACUUUUUUUUGUGUGAUGUUUGGUUUUUUCUAUACAAAAAAUUGAUAUAUAUAUUUGUAUAUAUUAUAGUA